CCCUUCCCCCAACCCGACAAUCACCCCCCCUUCCGCUGUCAUUCCAACCGGUGCCGUUGCUACUGCCGUUGCUGCUGCUGCUGCUGCUGCUACUGCUGCUGCUGCGUGCAGCCACUUCCAUUUCUUCCACUUCCAGUCUGCCUCGACCGAUUUCGCUUCUGUCACAUCAGUCAUCCAUCCACCCAUCUGUUGCACUUGCUGCUGCUGUUGUCGUCCUGCACUCGAUAUUAUUCCCUCAAAGCCAAAAGACUUUGUCAUCUGCGACGAGCUUUACACAUCAUCGACUUGCUUUGACCUUUGCGGAUGACAACUCCCAUCAACCAACAUCGGCAACUUCUCUCUACGACCUGUCCCCGCGAACUCAGUCUCCUGCGGGUUCCUGGGGUAAUAUUCGUCUCGACCAAUACCCUUCUCGAGCCUCCCCCGACCGCUAUCUCUCGCUUGUCAGGCCUGUGAUUUUGUAGGCCCUUGUGUCACCGACUGCUCCAACUAGCAACUGGCCUGGAUCGCUUCUCUUCAUCAUCCUUUCGACCGAGUCACACACGAACCCGCGAUCGCUCGCAAACGAACCCUGACGUCGCCUGCCACUGCGCCUUCAAAACACCGACCAACAACCCUCAAUCCAUUACUUAACCCCAAAGCUCCUCUUGUCCCCCUGCUGCCAUCAUUGCGGAGCCCCCCUACCACCCCUGCCGGCGGUAAAGCCGCAGCCGUUCCGUUCCCCGUUGACGCGACCAAACCCCAUCGCCCGACAUCGACAUCUCCACCACCCGCCGCACUCGACGACACGCGACCCCGAACUUCCUCCCGCCCAACAUGCCCACUCCUUCAUCCAAUCCUCCUCCCGACCCUCAUUCACCCCGAUCCCACAGUUUCUCGACAUGUCCUGAAGACAGCAGCUCACGAACCCCGCAACGCAGCUGGCGCCCGCCUACCGAUGCAAACCAGGGCCCUGCCGAGAUGGACACCCAUCACGACGACCGCAUGGACGAGGACGCUUCCCCCGCCCCUGUCAGCGCUCUAAUGUCGCAAGCCGAGGGCAUGAGCACUGAGGUCAUCAUCGACGACGAGCCCACAUCCGCCGUGUCCUCCUCCCGCUCCACCACGAUGUCACCGAGGCCGCAGUCGGGCGGCACCGGCACCGCCCACUCGUCGCCGGCGGCAGAUAUGGAGUCGUUCAAGCAUGCCGAGUCCGACGAGGAGGGCCACUUGGCCGGUGACAGGUCAAGGACGUCCCGACAAGAUGGCACGAGGCGGCAUGGCGAUCCCAGCCUGUCGCCAACAUCGUUGCACGACGACAGCAAGGGCGUGGACUUGGAUGCCGACGGCGUAUGGGAAGAGGAGCUCAUGGCUCCGUCCAUGGGUCCAGACUUUUCUAACAUGCGGGUCAUUCCGGCAACUGCAUCAUCGUUCUUGCGCCCUGGGAGCAAGUUCCACGGGACACAACAAUCGGAACGACAGGUGUACGACGUGCAGGUCGAAAUCAAGCACGUCGACCUGAGGGAAUCCUUCCUGUGCGGAUACUUGCGAAUCCAAGGCCUCACCGAAGACCACCCCACAUUGACGACGUACUUUGAGGGCGAAAUCAUUGGCACGAAAUACAGCUUCAUCACCAACCACGAGAGCUGGGGCGCCACCGACAAGAUCGACCUGAAUCACUGGGCCAAGUUCAACGCCUUCCGCCCGUUCCAGAAGCAGGCGCGCAAGGGCCCUGUGGUGAUCCGUGACGUCGCCCAGCGCGAGAAUAUCUUUAUGCGCUGGAAGGAACACUUCCUCGUCCCCGACCACCGCGUGCGUACCAUUUCCGGCGCCAGCUUCGAGGGCUUCUACUACAUUUGCUUCAACCAAAUCAAGGGUGAAGUGAGUGGGAUCUACUUCCACUCCAAAAGUGAAAAGUUUCAACAGCUCGAGCUCAAGCACGUGGAGGAUAGGGGCUGCUUCGGUGCCAUGGAAUUCAGAUGAGAUUCCGAGACCCAGACCGGCUACCUUGGAAGCCGCGGGGCUCGGCGGGCUGUAGUGAAGGAGGCACAAGCGCGACUGCAGCCUCAUGCAGCGCGCGGGAGUAUAUCUGCUUGGACGCAUCCCACUCCCACUUUUUUUCUCUUUUCAUUUUCUCGUCUUUUUGAUUUUGCAAAUGAUAUCAAAUGACGAUGCCUUGGUGCGCCUUGGGUAUAAGGAGGAAUAGUUCAAGGCCGGCCACGAUAGGGAGGGUUACGACACCUAGGUACGGAGAAGGGGGGGAGGAGGAGAGGGAGAGAGUGAGAGAGAUACACAAACAUAUUCAUAGUAUUUCUUAUCAGGCACGGACAAGGCAUCAUCAAAGGAGAAUGGGUCUCUUUCAAAGUUUUUUUCUUUUUCUAGGAGGGGCUGUACAUGGCUUUUUUUUCUUCCUCUACUUCUUCUUCUUCCUCCUCCUCUAU